CUAUUAGAAAGUUUGUCAAAUACCGCGUCCAGGAGUUUAUGUAUUAUAAUUCGUGUACUGUUUUAUUAAAAUAGUUCUAAAUAAUAGUAAUAAAAUUAUAUUUUUGCAUCAAAAUUAUAGCAGAAUGUCCAUUUUUGAUAAUGCUAAUUCAGAGGGCCCUGGGUUUGUAGGUAUACGGUUCUGCCAAGAAUGUAAUAACAUGUUGUAUCCUAAAGAAGAUAAAGAAAACAAAGUGCUGCUAUACGCUUGUAGAAAUUGCGAUUACAAACAGGAGGCUGAUUCGAAUUGCAUAUACGUGAACAAAAUUAUGCACGAAAUCGACGAGCUUACUCAUAUAGUGCCAGAUGUGAUAUCUGACCCGACUUUGCCCCGUACUGAGGAUCAUGCCUGUCCUAAAUGCUCACAUAGGGAAGCAGUGUUCUUCCAAGCGCAAACACGUCGCGCUGAAGAAGAAAUGAGAUUGUACUACGUUUGCACGAAUCAAAACUGUACGCAUAGAUGGACCGAAUAAAUUACUAUUAUAGUUGUGUAUUUUGAAUAAGUGAAUAAUAAACAAUAAAAUUGGAAACGUUAA